AUGCUCCAUCGCAGCUCUCCGCCUCUCCCGCACCCUCUCCCGCUCCCGCGCCUCUCCUCUGGUCGCCGGCCGCCGGCCGCCGUGGCCGCCGUGGCCCCCGAGGCCGCCUGCCUCAGCCACUCCCCCCAUGGCCGCCCCCUCCGCGACCUCUCCCCUAGCGCCCCUCCCCUCGCGCAGGACCGGCCGGCAGCCGACCUUCCCUGGAUGCUCGCCGGCGACCAGACGGCCUGGAAUUGGAGAUCCUCGACCCGCCGACCGCCAACUGCCGUGCAGAAGCCUCCAUGGCCGCCGUUGUCCGUGCCCCGCCGGCACCCCUCCCUGCUCUGUUCGCCGCCCGUUGCUGCGCCUCCCCUGCCCUGUUCGCCGCCAGCUGGUGCCCCUCCCCUCCCCUGGCCGCCGCCCUCCGCCGCCCCUUCCUUGGCCGCCGACCAUCGCCGCCUCUCCGCUGGCCACCGACCAUCGCCGCCUCUCCGCUGGCCGCCGGCUGGCUCACAGAUGUAA